AUGUUGCGGCAGGGACACCUUAAAGAGAUGUUAAGAGACAAGGGGAGAAAUAACUUUGCCAGAGGACGUGAACACCAAGGCCCGCCGAAGCCGCCAUCACUAACUCGUACUAUCAACAUGAUCAUCGGCGGUGGAGAUGAUGCCUUUUUCAACGGUGUGAAGUUCACCACCACUCACAAGCUCAAACGGUCUAUCACCCACAAACGGUAUGACAGACUCGAAGAAAGUAUCAUCUUUGAUGAGUCAGAUGCCGACGAUUUGACUUUCCUUCAUAAUAAUGCCCUCAUCAUUACUUUAUGCAUUUUAGAUACUGAUGUCAAACAUAUCAUGGUGGACGAUGGAAGUAGAGCGUGCAUUAUCCAUCCCCGAGUCCCCAUCGAAAUGAGACUCGAGGACAAGAUAGUGUCGCGCUGCAUCACCCUAACCGGUUUUAAUAAUGCAAUUGAGCGGAUGUCAGGGGAAAUUAUACUCCUUGUACUACAUAUAGUAAAGCGCGAAUAG